AUGUCUACAGGAAAUCAAAUGCCUACUUUCAACACUUCUUUCACAAUUACCCAACCCUUCUUGGGUGCACCCCUUCAAUUCCAACCUGCUCUUGGAUCAAAAGAGCUUGAGGAAUUGAUUGAUGCUUACGUUGUUGGAGAUGCUUGUAAACAAGACAAACUUUCCACCGUGACAAUCGAUUUCUAUAACCAUGCAACCGUCGAUAUCAACACUGGUUCCCUGGUGCGUCGAUACGAUGUUAUGCCAUGGACUUUUGGGCAAAGUCCUUCUCAAUCACAAUCUUCAGGAUUGAGUCCACCAAUUUUCACUCCUAGCCCUGCCUCCUCAGCUACCUUCGCCGUCUCUUCUUAUAGCUCAAUGAGCACCCCACCCAAUCGCACUAGGGGGUCACGAGUCACAAAGAAGACGAAGAGGGACACCACCAAGAAGUCUGCAGAAGUCAGACUACCUGGCUUCUCUAUCAUGACUAAGGAUGGUAUCGAUGUUACAAAUUCCGCUGGCCGUGGAACUAAAACGAAAGAACAGAGAGAGCAUGCACAUCUGAUGAGAAUCAUUAAAGCUUGUGAUGAGUGCAAGCGAAAGAAGAUCAGAUGUGAUCCAUCUCAUAGACGUGCUUCUCAUACAAACACUCCUAGAGCAUCUACGUCAAGCAGGCCUUCUCCUCCCUCACAAUCAAAUCCAAGUCCUGCUGCAUCAACACCUUCAUUAUCUAGAGACACCACACAAAGUUCUGAACAAAGCAGUCCUCCUAUUGAUUCAUUCUCAAUUGAAGAUUUUGUUCUUUUUCCAGAGGACGAACUCAACCAAUGGAACCCGGAGAUGGCUAUCCCAGGUUUUGAUACUCAAUACAACGACUUCAGCAUGACUAAUCACGAAAACUUCCCUGAUUUCGAUACCAGUUUCUCAACGAUGAAUGAUAAUAUAUCAUUCGACUUUCCAAUCUACGACCAAUCCUCAUCUUUUAGCCCUCAGCUAUUGAAUAACACUAGUCACGUACUAAGUUAUCACAACACGCAACCAUUGGGUUGCGCAGAUGUCAACUCGCAACACAUAUCUCAAACUCAACCACAACCCGAUGUAGAUUUCUUGGAAUCAUUUAGCAAUAUACCGAACUUCUCGCCAACCCAUACUCAACAAGCUCAUCCACAAGGCUUAACAAAUGAAGAUCCAGGCAAGAUUGAUAGUUAUGUACAUGUUUCAGCUGCGAGAUCUCAAGCAUACAACAUCUCAUCGGUAUUAUCGACCGCAAACACCCAGACCAGUGGCGCAAAUAUCCUAAAUGACUUCUCUCCGACAUUCGGCCUCUCCCCAACUGAUAGUUCUUACCAAUCACACGGCUCAGAAAGCGGCUUCGUAAGCACCGGCCCAGAGAAUGCACAUGAUUUUACUACUAGUUCGGGUGUCGACUCGGGCAUUGAACAAUCACCACGAUCCGAAUCAAGUGCUAGCGGCCAUGAGACGGCAUUCAGUACCAAGAAGGGACGCAGUCAUAGCCAACGCAACAGACACCAAGUAUCGUUAGAAAGUGAACGCAAGCGCAUUGAUGAUCACGGCCGCCAGGUUAUGGAGGUUCUCCUAUCCAACAAUGGCAAGUCACAUGUUCCCGGUGCUGGCACUGAACAACCACUUUCAGGCCCGAGCAUUUCACAUGGCGGCGACGGCUUCGCGAUAGACACAAAUACUUUCAAGAGCUUCGCUUCUGGUAGUAUGCCCGCUCAUGAAGAAACCCCAUGGAGCUUUGAAUCAACGCUCUCUUCAUUGGCUAGAUCUCGACCGGAAGUACCACAAAUGGCGAUGGAAAGCGACCGCGCCGAAGGCGUAUCUGUUGUGAAACCACACGAAAACUGUGACGGCUUUGCAAGAUCGAAUAACUCGACGAUUAUUGAUGCCUCUUCAAGUCGUGCUGUACGACUUGCUGGCGAUCAUGUCUCGUCUCGCCUUGUAAACUUUGCUGGAGCCAGCUCGGAUAGAAAGAUACUAAGUGUCGGCACUGACCGUGUAUCUACCCACCUACCGGCAAGAUUGACAAUGUCAAGUCUAAGAGCCAAGGUCGCAGUGGAAAGCACGCCAACGGUAUCAUCCAAUCUAGUUGUACCGGGCCAAGUCAGCGUUGUUUCUUCUCCUGGCUUCGUACUUGUGAAGAAGUCUGCAAGGACAUCAUCUGGUUCUUCCAGCAAGGUCAACAAUGGCUCCUUGGAUUACAACGGCGUUGAGACAAUUGUUCAAAAGGCCCAGGGUGCUUCGCUUGUACAGCUAUCAAGCCCAAGCUUGAGCCUGCACACUUCAGGACACACCUCUACUCUGUUGAAGAGUGGCAUAGAAGUAGUAAAUACACCGGCAGCAACUGUCCUCGGCACGGUCUUAACUCUCGUAGCCCUAUCAGCGCUUGGUCUUGCCACUUCCGUGGCGGCAUCCAAGCAUGCUGAGGCAGCCGCGGUGGUAUUGGCUAUUUGUCUACUUGCAUCUGUAUGUGGUGAUACUCGAUCCGUCAUUCCUGAGUCUGGAAAGGGGUUCAUGAACAUCUCGCUUGGUGCAUUAAUGUGGAACUUUUGGUCGGAUAUGAUACUCAAGAUAGAUUGCGAACGUCAACGUGUACCGAAAGGAAAGAACAAUGGAUUGUUGGGUGCGGCUGGAGAGAUGGCGAAGAAGUUUUCCUCGAGAAUCUUGAUCUAG